AGGAAGCAAAGAAGAAGAAGAACUUCCGCAAGUCACGGAAAGAUUACCUAGGGGUGUUAGCUGCUAGCUCAAAGCUAGGUUAGCACUGUAUGCAUAUGUGCAGUCUGUUCUCUAAAUGUUGCCAUGAUUUAAGACCAAACUCCCCUCUCCGACUAACGACAUCUCGCGGCUGGUUAACGAAGAGGUGUCAGACAUGUAUACCUCUGGGAAAUACAGCUCGCGGGGCCCUGCUCUCAUCCCUCGGAUGAAAACCAAGCACCGCAUCUACUACAUCACCCUGUUUUCUGUGGUGCUGCUUGGACUAAUCGCCACAGGGAUGUUUCAGUUUUGGCCGCACUCCAUUGAGUCCACAGCUGAUUGGACCCUCGACAAGCGCAGUGUUCACGACGCACCUCUGAUCAGACUUCCCGUCUCCAGUCCCAUACCUGAGAGGGGUGACCUGAGCUGUCGCAUGCACACCUGCUUUGAUGUAUACAGGUGUGGCUACAACCCUAAGAAUAGAAUCAAGGUUUAUAUCUACCCUCUGCAGAGGUUUGUAGAUGAAUUGGGGGUCCCCAUCAGCAGCACCGGCCUGUCUCGAGAAUACAAUGAUCUGCUUAGUGCCAUCUCUGACAGUGACUUUUACACAGACGAUGUUACAAGGGCUUGCCUUUUCAUUCCAUCUAUUGAUGUACUAAAUCAGAACUCCCUCCGUAUAAGAGAGACAGCCCAGGCUCUGGCAAUGUUACCCAGAUGGGACAAAGGGAUGAAUCAUCUGCUUUUCAACAUGUUACCUGGAGGCCCUCCUGACUACAACACUGCCUUGGAUGUGCCCAGAGACAGAGCAUUGCUGGCUGGAGGUGGUUUUUCUACAUGGACCUACAGACAAGGUUAUGAUGUGAGCAUUCCAGUUUAUAGCCCCCUUUCUGCAGAUGUUGACCUGCCUGAGAGACAACCUGGGCCUCGGCACUACUUUAUUCUUUCUUCACAAACUGCUAUUCACCGAGAGUACAGAGCUGAACUGGAGCGAUUGAAGGAAGAAAAUGGAGAAGCCCUCCUUCUUCUGGACAAGUGUAGCAACCUCUCUCAGGGUGCUGCCUCUGCACGAAAACGAUGCUACAAAGGGCAGGUGUACGACUACCCACAGAUCCUGCAGGAGUCGUCAUUCUGUGUGGUCUUGAGGGGGGCACGAUUGGGUCAGGCUGCCCUCAGUGAUGUGCUACAGGCUGGCUGUGUUCCCGUCACUCUGGCUGACUCCUACAUUCUGCCGUUCUCUGAAGUACUUGACUGGAAAAGGGCAUCUGUUGUUAUUCCUGAGGAGAAGCUGUCAGAGAUGUACACAAUCCUGAAGAGUAUCCCUCACCGACAGGUUGAAGAAAUGCAGAGACAGGCACGCUGGUUCUGGGAGGCCUACUUCAGCUCCAUGAAGGCUAUUGGCUUGACAACUCUCCAGAUCAUCAACGAUCGCAUCUACCCAUAUGCUGCGCGUACUUAUGAGCAGUGGAACAAUCCACCUGUGGUGAAGUGGUCCAGUGUAAACAGCCCCCUGUUCUUACCACUCAUCCCACCGAGGGCUCCUGGAUUCACAGCAGUGGUGCUAACCUACGAUCGUGUUGAGAGUCUUUUCCGGGUCAUCACGGAAAUCUCCAAGGUGCCUAGCUUAGCUAAACUGCUGGUGGUGUGGAAUAACCAGAACAAGAGUCCUCCUGAGGAAACUCUUUGGCCGAAGAUCAGCGUCCCACUCAAAGUCGUGCGAACCAAAGAGAACAAACUGAGCAACCGUUUCUUCCCCUAUGACGAGAUCGAGACCGAAGCUGUGCUAGCGAUCGAUGAUGACAUCAUCAUGCUAACAUCUGAUGAACUGCAGUUUGGCUACGAGGUUUGGAGGGAGUUUCCAGACAGGCUGGUGGGCUACCCCGGGCGGCUGCACCUCUGGGACCAUGAAAUGGGAAAGUGGAAGUAUGAGUCGGAGUGGACCAAUGAGGUCUCCAUGGUUCUAACUGGAGCUGCCUUCUACCACAAGUACUUCAACUAUUUGUACACAUACAAGAUGCCGGGAGACAUCAAGAACUGGGUGGAUGCUCACAUGAACUGUGAAGAUAUUGCCAUGAAUUUCCUGGUGGCCAACAUCACUGGCAAAGCCCCCAUAAAGGUGACUCCAAGGAAGAAGUUCAAGUGCCCUGAAUGUACUGCCAUAGAUGGACUGUCGCUGGAUCAGACACACAUGGUGGAGAGAUCUGAGUGCAUCAACAAGUUUGCCUCAGUUUUCGGGACGAUGCCUCUGAAAGUGGUGGAACAUCGCGCAGACCCGGUGCUCUAUAAAGAUGACUUCCCAGAGAAGCUGAAGAGCUUCCCCAACAUCGGCAGCCUCUGACCAGCCAGCAGAGGAUGUUUGGACCCCAUCACAGCCUCAGCACUCAAACACGCAUAACCAACACUGUUUUCUGACUGAAGCGGGAUGUGCUCAUGUCCCCUCUCAGUUCAAGUGAUUUUUGUUUUUACCUUGAAUUUAAUGACAUCAGGUUUAUAUUUUAAAUCAGAGUUAAACCAAAAUCUGAGGUGGCUGUGAAGUAGUCUGACGUUUGACGGACAAGGCCGACUGACUCCAGGUUUUUGGUCCCUCACUGUUACCGUUUUGGAGCUGGUUGCUUUGGGCUCCAGCUACUCUCGAUUCAGUGUAUACAGUGUAUAUAUUUGUAUUUUGCAGCAGUGCUGUAUAAUUUAUGAUUCUCCAACACAAACUUUCUCUUCUAUGUUUUUCCUUCUUUCCAAAAAGCUGACAUCGGACAUUAUUCUUAAAACUGUACAACACAGAAAGAGUAAUAAAUGUUAAAGUUAACACGAUAAAUAUCAAAACGAUUCAAGGACACAUCCGUGUACACUUUAUUCUUGAUGUACAGUGCUUUAUGCAGUCAGAGCGGACCUUGGGAAAAAGCUGGCACCGUAAAUCUAAGAUUUAGAGUGAGUAGGCGAUUUGGAAAAAGGCAUGUCGAGCUACUGGAGCAUUUCACUGCAACUGUAAUUUUAUACCGCCUGAGCGAGCCUUUCUUUGUAUUUAUGCGUAGAAAUGUAAGAAAACUGUGAUGCUUAUUAAAGCAUCUACUAAGUCAGUUCAUGAAUUGUCUAUGAACACUACAUUAGAAUAGAAGACUGGUUAACAAAUCCACAUUUUUCAAAACAGACAUAAACGGUUUGUUUGUUUUUCCUGUUUUGUUUUUUUUAAUCUAACCUAUUGUGUAUGUUUCACUUUUUGACCUUUUUUGUCACUAAUUUCUCCAGUUGCAUCAUUAAGGCAGCAAAUCUGAGAGCAGUGCGGUCUUUUAAGAUGGUUUUGUUUGUUUGUUUUAAAUUUCCCUUUCCCGUUGUUUUCAUAUUUUUUCGACUGGGGUUUAUGCAUUUAACUGUAUAUAUGUGACUUUGUAAUACAAAUAAAACCCUGCACAACCAUGUA